GUUUGUUUGUUUGUUUUCUAUUUCUUUCAAACCCUUUUCCCCUUUAUUUCCACUUUACGUUGAAUCAGCGGAGACGCAUAAAACAAGUUAGAGAGAGAAAGCAUAUAUAUACAGAUAUUUUUAGCAUUUUCCGAUCGCACUUUUCUUCUUCUCUUCUUCCUCCUCAAACUUAGGGUUUCUUCUCUUCACUUCUUUCAUUGCUUGAGAGUUGAUUUGAUGUUGACGAAAAUUGUUAGCUUUUUAGUGGAAUUGUGGUGCUAGGAAGAAGAAGUAACUUGCAUUUGAGGGUUUCUUAACCUAUCCCUGUUGAAAAAAAGGUUAGCUGAAUUUUGUGUUGGUAGAAAGGACUUGUGGAAAGGUAUUUGGUUUUGAUUUCUGGGUGUUUUGACUAUGCCAACAUCGUGGGCUGAUUCAGUUUCUGCAGCCGAGAAUUUGGCUGCUGCUGCUCCCCCAAAGUCAGCAUACGUUCCACCACAUCUUAGAAAUAGACCUGCUUCAACUGAUCCUCCUGCACAGGCUUCCUAUGCUGGGGCUGCUGCAUCUGGUCAGGGCCAAAGUGGUUAUGGUGGCCCAAAUGUAGGUGGAAGUCGUUGGAGUGGUCCUAGGAAUGAUUUCCAAUCUGGUUAUGGUGGUGGAGGAGGCCGUGGCGGGGGCUGGAAUAGCAGAACAGGUGGUUGGGAUCGAGGGAGGGAGCGGGAAGCUAACCCGUUUGCAGAUGAUGAUGCUGAACCCUUUGUUGAACCAGAGAAUUCUGGGAUCAACUUUGAUGCGUACGAGGAUAUUCCUGUGGAGACAAGUGGGGAUAAUGUGCCCCCUCCUGUGAACACUUUUGCUGAGAUUGAUCUAGGUGAGGCUGUAAACCAAAAUAUCAGGAGAUGCAAGUAUGUUAAGCCGACCCCUGUGCAACGGCAUGCUAUACCAAUUGUACUCUCUGGUAGAGAUUUGAUGGCUUGUGCUCAGACUGGCUCUGGCAAAACUGCUGCCUUCUGCUUCCCCAUCAUAAGCGGUAUCAUGCGGGGCCAAUUUCCAAGACCUCCACGUCCACGGGUGGCAUUUCCACUGGCUCUUAUUCUUUCUCCGACAAGGGAGCUCUCAUGCCAAAUCCAUGAUGAAGCUAAGAAAUUCGCAUAUCAAACUGGUGUCAGGGUGGUUGUUGCUUAUGGUGGUGCUCCCAUAAACCAACAGCUUCGAGAACUAGAGAGAGGAGUGCAUAUUCUUGUGGCAACACCUGGACGAUUGGUUGAUUUACUCGAGAGAGCUAGAGUCUCCUUACAGAUGAUAAGGUACUUGGCUUUAGAUGAGGCAGAUCGAAUGCUUGAUAUGGGUUUUGAACCUCAAAUAAGGAAAAUUGUGCAACAAAUGGACAUGCCUCCACCAGGUGUAAGACAGACAAUGCUAUUCAGUGCCACAUUUCCCAAAGAGAUUCAGAGACUGGCAUUGGAUUUUCUUUCAAAUUAUAUCUUUUUGGCCGUGGGAAGGGUUGGCUCUAGUACCGAUCUGAUUGUCCAAAGAGUUGAAUAUGUUCAGGAGACUGACAAGAGAAGCCACUUGAUGGAUCUCCUUCAUGCACAGAGGGCUAAUGGUGCUCAUGGCAAGCAAGCUCUUACCCUUGUUUUUGUUGAGACAAAAAAAGGAGCUGACUCAUUGGAGCAUUGGCUUUGUAUGAAUGGUUUCCCUGCUACUGCUAUUCAUGGCGAUAGAACUCAGCAGGAAAGGGAACAUGCCCUGAGAUCCUUCAAAAGUGGUAACACGCCAAUCUUGGUUGCAACAGAUGUGGCAGCACGUGGUCUUGAUAUACCCCAUGUUGCACAUGUUGUCAACUUUGACAUUCCAAAUGACAUUGAUGAUUAUGUCCACCGUAUUGGAAGGACAGGGCGAGCAGGAAAAACAGGUUUAGCAACAGCCUUCUUUAACGAGAACAAUUCGUCAGUGGCAAGAGCACUGGCUGAUCUGAUGCAAGAAGCAAACCAAGAAGUACCUGCUUGGCUCUCUCGCUAUGCUGCUCGAUCUUCACAUGGAGGCGGCAAAAAUCGUCGUGGUGGAAAUCGUUUUGGCGGGCGUGAUUUCCGAAAGGAUUCCUCUUUCAAUCGAGGGGUCACAGACUACUAUGGUGGUGGGGCCAAUACGAGCAGUGGCUAUGGUGCAUCUGGUGGUUAUGCUGCAUCAUAUGGUGGUGCUGGUGUGACUAGCGCCUGGGACUAACCGCCCACAUUAUGCCCCACAGUUUGCAAAUUCAGAUAUAGUUUCAAUUUUGCAGUAGCUGGUCUCUACUCACUGUAGUGUUCACUCUUUAUUUUGCUCAUUUUUGUAAGUUUUGACGUUUUGUACUGAAGUCUUCGCUGCAAUGGUGGUCUGGGUUGUUGGGACGUAGUUAGGGCUCGAUGGGGAUGUGUAAAUCUUGGCAGGUGGUGAUGAAUAAUUACUAACAGAUUAGGAUUUACUUUGCCUUGCUUAACUUGUCCCUUUGCUUUUUCCCUCUGCUUUAACAUUUGGUAGGGUGAUGGGGUAUGUGUUAAAGAAUAGGUUUCAUGUAUGGGGGGAGUUUAUGUUUCUGCCAGCAAUAGAUUUAUAAGUCUCUUAGGUAUAUUCUUUUAUCAACCAAAUGUAUUGGUUGUAGAGAAGUGUUGUGUUCAACUCUAAUCACUGUUGUAAUAUUACAAAGUUAGUGCCAAGUUUUGUAUUGUAUUACUUUUCUCUCUA